UGGUGGAAAUAAAAGCAAAAAAAAAAAAAAAAAUACAGUGAAGAAAGCGUGUAAACAUAAGGCAGAGCCACAGAGCAGGGUCAGCAGACAUGAGGAAACACAUUUUCAUUUCGUCUAGAGAGCGAGUGUUGGCUUCUCAAGUUUGUACUUAAUGAUACAUAUUGCCACAAUCUCUGAAACCAUGAAAACAGCUUUUUGCUGUUUGCAUCUGCUAAAUUCCCUGGAGACUGGCUGGGGCCCAGAGGGAUGGGGAAAGGAAUACACUGGGGGCUAAGGAGAUACAGAGGUUUUUGGUGGGGAGCUCUCUGGGGGACUAGGCCUUCAGCAUCCUGUGGUUCCACCCCACUCUAACCGCAGUUGCAUACAAACAUGGCUUUCUCAGGGUCAAGCCUCACUUCUGGAAAUGUCCCAAAACACUCAGCCACCUAGCACCAACAUUUCAAAGGAAUCCAAAAUGGCCCACAAGCAAUUGCAGAGAUUUGAAAUGACUUAGGCUCCCACGUGUGCACCGGGCACACUGGGCCUCUGGGCCUCUGGGCACACUCACAGGGACACUGGCUCUGGAGGGACAGUUGAGGGACAGUUGAGGGUCAGUGCUGUUGCUAGGCUACGAGUGUCCCGGACCAAACAUUCCAAGCCGCUGAGCUUCACAGCCAAGGUGUGGCAGCGAGACCUCUGUGGCUCUUCUGCAGCGCCAGCGCUGAGAUUGGGAGGUGGCAAGAGACCAGGAGGGAAGUGAGCGGUGUCGGAAGGCGAUAAGCCAGAUGAAGAAGAGACUCGUUGAGUUCGUGAACUGGGUGGACUUCAGCAUCCAUCAGAGAGAGCGCAGGGAUCGUGAGAAGCCUGUGCCUGGGUAUCAUGUCCAUAGGUGUGAGCUAAAGGAGUUCCACAAAGCCGCAUAUUUAGGUGACACGCGUACAGUGCAGGAGUUGCUGUCACAUAAGAAAAAUGUAGACAGCAGAGACAGGAAGAACAGGACUGCACUACACUUAGCCUGCGCCAGCGGCCAGUCAUCAGUGGUGGCUCUCCUUAUCCAGCGGAAGUGUGACCUGGAUGCUCGUGAUGAGGAAAGCAAGACAGCUCUCAUCAAGGCUGUACAAUGCCGGAAAGAAGCGUGUGUCACUAUCCUGCUGAAACAGGGUGCUGACCCAAAUCUUGCGGACAACUGUCAGAACACUGCUCUGCAUUACGCCGUCUUGGCUGAAGAAACAUCAAUUGCAGCAGAGCUGCUCCGCUAUAAGGCAAACAUCGAGGCGAUAAACAAGUAUAACUUCACACCAUUUUUAGUCGCCGUCAGGGAGAACAAAGAAGAGAUGGUCAAAUUUUUGAUUGAGAACGGGGCAGAUGUACAUGCAGUCGACAAGAUGCAAAGAUCAGCGCUCAUGCUUGCUGUGUUUCAUGACUCACCGGACACAGUCAAGCUGCUGCUUCAGAAGCACGUUAAUGCCAGUUCUCGAGAUUUACACGGAAUGUCUGCUGAAAGAUAUGCUUGUCGUAAUGGUUUUAAACAGUAAGUGUUUACAUUAAAAUGCCAGUUAUCUCUAAAUUGAGGUUGAAAGUGACUAACUGUUACUUGUUACAUGACAGGUGAGAGUUCCUAGUUGGGAGCAGGCACUUUGGGGAUGGCAGUGAGACCCUCCCCAUCACCAGCUGGAAACCAGCAAAAGGCCAGACUAGUGAGAUGGAGCAGUGGGCACGGGGUUCUUUAUCUCAGGGUUUGUAAGACCUUUAUCCUUAGGGUCCUACUGGUCUCCAUUUCAUUCCAGUGAAAGCCCUAUGCAUGGGGUCCAAAUAAUGUCACAUAUCUGAUUUUUCUAACUAGUUAUUUGGGUCUUGAAAUGUUUAGCAGAGCAGAAAAUCCUGUAUUUUCCUUUGGGGGCUUUCUUCUAUAAUCUUCCUCUUGCAUUUUUCAAGAACCUAAGGGAUUCCCUAAGGCCACAGUGACAAUCCUCUCCCACGAGGCAUUGGGGCAGGGCGAGGGCAUGCUAAUCGUUCUCUUGUUUCCCUUGAUUCUGUUGCUGCAGCGUUGGUACUAAAACUAGUUUUAACAGGAUCUCCUUGGCAGCUGAGUCUGGGGUCUGGAUGUUGCUCUCUAAAGACCUUUAAUAAAAUUUUAAAAGAAGAAAAGGAAAAAGAAACUGGUCGUGCAGUCGGGUCAUGACUGACCUCUGCUCCCGGGAUGCCUGUGCUGAUCCAGUUUCCGCGGUCUUCGUGGCGAUCGACACGUAAACUUCAGCGUGACAGCUUGUUUAGUUCUCAUACAUAUGCUUGUAUGAGGUCAUAUAUUUGUAAAUGAGUUUAGCUACAAGUUAUAUAGUAGCUGAGGUGUCCUGAAUUAUAAACCACAAAGAACAGCUAAUCACCAUAAUUUGUAACAUUUUCUGAAAACUGCCACAUUUAAAUGUUACACCUAUAAAAAAACACACAUUGGGUUUUAUUUGGGAUUCUCAAAUAGAUCCAGCAUUAAAGUUCAAGAACAGAUUAUUCCAUUCUUCCACGAUUUCUCUGAGCAUCUGAGGGAUACAUUGUCUCAUUAAAUCUUCAUAAUACUCUUAUGAGUAUUAAUAACUAACUGCCUAACAAGACAGUAAGAUCCCAGUUUUAUAAAGGAAGACUUUGAGCUGAAGAGAAGCCCCUUUUCCAGGAACAAAUAGCUGUUGUUUAUAGAGCUGGGACUUCUGAGUUCGAGACACUUUCCAUAUGUCAGGCUCGCUCUAGUUAACUUGCUGAGCUGUACUGCCCUCAGUUCAUGACUACUUCACCUUCCUUUUUUUUCUUUUUUA